GUGGUCAUUAUCGACGGGUGAUACCAAAACGGUGUACUAAGUAAAAAACAAGAUGCUUACCAAACGUCUAGCUACCAGUUUGCCAAAGAUUUUAAAACGUAACAUUGGUAUUGUUGCCCCAGCAUUGCAAAAGGCAAGUGAUCCAAUUCAACAACUGUUCAUUGAUAAAAUCCAUGAAUACAAAUCUAAGAGUGUUGGUGGAAAGAUAGUUGAUCCUACUCCUGAAAUUGAAAAAGAAAGAAAGGCUGAACUUGAGAGACUUGCUAGACAGUACAGUGGUUCAAGUAGUACCAAUAUGAUGGAGUUCCCAAAGAUCCAAUUUAAGGAUGGAGUGGUAGAAAAGUAAGUCCGUCAAACAAUCUGUAUGAAGACAUACAUUUAGAACAACUGUAUUGAUCUUGUUAUAAUUAAUUUUAAGUAUUCAGUUGUAAAAAUACAUAAAUAUGUGAAA